GGCAGUAACCCGGUGACUGUCAUCAUCUGUCAAAGUCGAUACCAUACCACGACGUAUGCACAUGAAACACUACCUGCCUGCAGGACCUCAAGCACCGCUUCAAUUUUCACCAAGCAAUCAGAGGGACUCUAAUCCGAAUAAGUUAGAUUUUUCCCUCAGAUAACCGACCAUCACAAGGACUUGGAUUUAAUUAUUUCCCUCAUCUGACUUUCAAAACGUGCGGCUAUAAAUCAUGGAGCACUAAAAUGGAGAGGAAGAAAAAGGUGUUAGUGUUCGAAAUUUGUGGAAGCAUGAUGUGGGAUGGAUAGAAACAGUGCAACCUCUACUAUGGCCUCUAAUGACCCCAACCCUUUUGACCCCCCUGGGACCCCCCAGCCUGGUGACCUCAUUGAGAUCUUCAGACCGGCCUAUCAGCACUGGGCUCUGUACCUGGGAGAUGGUUAUAUCAUCAACUUGACACCUGUUGACGAGAGUCAGGCUGCAGCCAUCUCCAGUGUGAAGUCAGUGUUCAGUCGAAAGGCAGUGGUCCGAAUGCAGCUUCUAAAGGAAGUGGUUGGAGACGACUCGUACCGGGUCAACAACAAAUACGACGACGACCACACUCCAUUGCCUGUCGAUGACAUAAUUCAGCGAUCUCAAGACCUCAUUGGCCAGGAGGUGUCUUAUGACCUGUUGGGCAGUAACUGCGAGCACUUUGUCACCUUGCUGCGCUACGGGGAGGGGGUAUCUGAGCAGGCCACACGGGCCAUUGGAGCUAUCAGUUUGGUGACGGCUGCAGCAAGUGCCUUCUCUGUUCUUGGACUGAUCAACACACGCUCCAGAAACCGACCCUUCUGAAGCCCCUCAACAACAGCAGCACUGUCCUGUGCUACUACUGUUCUGGGAAACAAUCUUCUUUUGGUUAAGAGGAUAGAUGGAUACUCAUUUUUACCCACUGUCAUAAAACAUGAAUGCAAUGACCUUUUGUAUCAUCAUUUGUAUGAGGCCAAGCAGACAAAGUACUGUAUACAGUAGAGAUGUUGCCAACAUUACAAUUAAUGCAGUAUCUUGCUGGAGAUACACAUUUGAAGAUGUUCAAAGGAUUGGUUGUGUGAGAAUGAAGUUAGAAUGAAAUGUAAAAUGUAACAAAAGAAGAAUCAAUAAAGAACUGAAAUAGUA